AUGAUGGCGCGAGUCACGGACAACGGCGCUGUCUCAGAGGCAUUCGCAGUGACCAACGGAGUGAAGCAGGGAUGCGUGCUGGCACCAACCCUCUUCAGUCUUAUGUUCUCUGCCAUGCCGAUGGACGCCUACCGCGACGAACGCCCUGGAAUCCGCAUCGCCUACAGAACGGACGGUCAUCUCCUGAAUCGCCGGCGCAUGAACUUCCAAUCGCGCGUAUCCACAACUACCGUGCACGAACUCCUCUUCGCCGACGACUGCGCCCUGAACACCACCUCCGAAGCGGAGAUGCAACGGAGCAUGGACCUAUUCGCCGCCGCCUGCGAGAACUUUGGGCUGGUUAUCAACACGCAGAAGACGGUGGUGAUGCACCAACCGCCGCCCAACUCAGCCGCAGCCCCCAACGCGCCGCAAAUCAACGUGAAUGGGACUCCACUGCAAGUGGUGGAGAACUUCCCGUAUCUGGGCAGUACCCUCUCCCACAACACCAAGAUUGAUGACGAAGUCGCCAACAGGAUCUCGAAAGCCAGUCAAGCCUUCGGUCGUCUCCGAAGCACAGUUUGGAAUCGCCACGGUCUCCGACUGAGCACGAAGCUGAAGAUGUACAAGGCCGUCAUCCUGCCGACGUUACUGUACGGAGCAGAGACAUGGACGGUGUACACGAGACAGGCACGCCGACUGAACCACUUCCACCUCAGUUGUCUCCGUCGCAUCCUGAGGCUGAACUGGCAGGAUCGAAUCCCCGACACGGAAGUGCUGGAACGAACGGGAAUCCCCAGCAUCUACGCCAUACUGAAACAAAUGCAGCUGCGCUGGAGCGGCCACCUGUUGCGCAUGGACGACGAGCGACUACCCAAACGACUCUUCUACGGAGACGUCGCGACGGGUUCUCGUCGUCAAGGAGGCCAAAUUCGCCGUUACAAGGAUACUCUGAAGUCCUCCCUGAAGCGCCUGCAAAUCAACCCGACCAACCGGGAAGAGCUCGCUCGCGAUCGUCCGACAUGGAGGAGAACAGUGAAGACGGGCGCUGCUAUCUAUGAAGCCAACCGAAUCGCCGCCGCCAAAGCGAAACGCGAAGCCCGCAAAUCACAACUUCGCCCAGUCCGCAACGCCGCCGCACAACCUCCCCCUACGUGUCCUCGAUGUCAACGGACAUUCCGGGCACGAAUCGGACUUGUUGGACAUCUUCGGAUCAACUGCAUCUCUCGCACUGCUCCAGCCAUCGUCCCCCCGCCCGCCUCUUCCUCGUCCUCUCUUCCGCCAACUAA